UAUGUCAAUUUAUAUUUAAUUAUUGUUUAGUUAAACGAAGAACCUACUACUUAGUGAACCUUAUAAAUACAUAUAAUCAUGCCAAAAAUAAGUGCAGUACAAUAUUUGGAUGAUUCAAGCGAUAAUGAAGAAGAAAACAACGAAUCAUCGUCCUAUAGCACCAGUGCAAGUGCUGUGGAUUCUUCUGUAAACUCUUCUGCUGCAGCAAUUCAAAGUUCCCAUGAUGGAUUACUUAGAAGUGAGAAAAAGGAAGAAUCAGAAGGAUCAGAUCCAGAUAGCAUCGAUAGUACAGUUGAAAUGCCAGAAACUGAUCCAGAAGAUGAUUCAGGUGUGAAUACUCACGUUAAACGCAAAACAAAGAUCAACCGUAUUGAAGAUGAUGAUGAGUCGAGUGAUGAAGAAGUUCAAACGUCAAGAAAAAGUUUUUAUGAAGUCGAAUCUGACGAUGAGGACAAUGCAAUUGAAGAAAAAGCAUUCUCUAAAGCAACUCGUCGAAGUAUUGACCCUCGCCAUGUUCGUCCUUUGAUAAAUCCGAAAUCUGACAGUGACGACUCCGAUUCUGAUGUCAUUCUUGCAACUGAUGAUGAAGAGGAGAAAAUUCAAUCGAGAAAAACAUUUGAAAAUCGAAAACCUCUUCAAGAUAUGAAUAAUCGUCGAACAACACACAUUUAUGAGCGCUUUAACAACUCAAUCAGCUCGAAAAUGUCUUCCACAUUAUCGCAACAAAAAGAACUUCUCUUCGAUGAUGAUGACGAUGAUGCUCAAGAUGUAAAGCCAACUGUCAAAAAGGAAAACAUUUCAAUUGAUUCCUCAGACGAAGUUAAAGAAAUUAUUCCAGAACCCUCUCCAGUCGUCAACAUUGAAUCAAGUUCUGAAGAUGUGAAAAUUGUGAAAAGAAGAGUUUCACGAUCAGAAUAUUCAUCACAUGUUGCAAAUAAAGAAAAGUUGGAAAAGGAAGUUCAAAAUAUCGUCGUUCUAAUGUCAAAUGCUCCUCAUUUACCUGACAAAGGCGAGAAACUUAAACUACGAUUGAAUAAACUUCUUGAACAAAUCGACAAUGAAAAAAUGUUGCUUGAUCAAUUGGAGAUUGAUGAGAAUGAAAGUGUGAAGAGUCGAAUAGCAAAAAGCUUUGAAUCUCCUGAGAAUUCAGCUGUGAGUGUUCAUGACAACAAAGAUCCAUCAAUUGAACUUAUUCAGGAUGUCGUACAAGUUCAACCAAAAUAUACUGGAAGAGUUGGCUUGCAGAACUUUGAAAUCCAAAAAGCUUUGACUGUUGAGAGGCUGGAAACCAUUCAACAAUCAAUCGAUUCACGUCCAUUAGAAACUCAAUGGGAACAUGAAGUGAAAACAAAAGUCAGACGUGGAGCUCUUGAAUUGAAUGUUUUUCAUGGCAACAAUCGAAUCACAAGAGCUCGUGAAUUGUCAAAGUUUGACGCAGUUGUCACCACUUAUCAAGUUGCUGCCAGUGAGUUUAAAAACCAAGGAGUUCUCUUCAAUAUAAAAUGGAACCGAAUUGUUCUCGAUGAGGGCCACAUAAUUCGCAAUCACAAGUCAAAGCAAUCAGAAGCUGUUUGUUCAAUUCCAGGAAAAUAUCGAUGGGUGUUAUCGGGAACGCCCAUUCAAAAUCGUGAAUUUGAUCUUUAUGCUGCUAUCAAGUUCUUAAAAUGUUCGCCAUUUGAUGAUUUGUUGUAUUGGAAACGUUGGAUUGAAGUUAACAAAGGAAAAGAUUCAUCUCCACGUGUUCAAGCCUUGCUCAAGUCGAUAAUGUUGCGCCGAACCAAGCAACAACUUAUGGAAAGUGGUGAGAUUGCAUCAUUGCCAAAUAAAACAUUCCAACAGAUAAAUGUGAAUAUGAAUCGAGAAGAACGUUUCGUUUAUAACAAGUUGAUGUCAUUUUCACGAAACAUUUUCGCAAAUUAUGUUGAACAACGUCAACAAAGGAAUGACAACUUUACUUAUGAUCAAAACCGUUUAGGAAAGUUACAUAAAAAGUUUGCACAAAAAUUCAACGUUGAUCGUGAAAUUCAAGCGCAUGAAAUUCUAACACUUUUGUUGCGACUUCGUCAAACUUGUUGUCAUCCUGGUUUGAUUAAACAAAUGUUGCAAAAAGGCGAAGUUGAUGUUGAGGUGGCUGGAGGAGAUGUUGCUGGUUCUGAUUACAAACAAGAUGAUUCUGAUGCUGACCUUUUGGAGGAACUUGAGAAAUUGAAUCUUGAAGAUGAUGAAGUAGACAAUGGAAAUCGAUUUACUCUCGAAAACGAAGUUUUUAACUUACACAAUGCAAGCUCAAAAAUGAUAAAAGUGAUGGAAAUUUUACGCGAAAAUGUUCUCGGAACUGAUCACAAAGCAAUCAUUGUAAGUCAAUGGACGUCAUAUUUAAGUCUUAUUCGUGAUCUUCUUCAGAAAGAUGGUGUCAGUUACUGCGAGUUGAAUGGAACAAUCCCAGUGAAAUUUCGAAAUGACAUUGUCGUAGAUUUCAAUCUGAAGACUUCACGAACCAAAGUCAUGUUAUUGUCAUUAACUGCUGGUGGAGUUGGCUUGAAUUUAGUUGGUGCUAACUUCUUGUUUUUAUUGGAUCUUCAUUGGAAUCCGCAACUUGAACAACAAGCACAAGAUCGUAUUUAUCGCUUUGGUCAGUUGAAAGACAUCACAGUGUUCAAAUUCGUUACCACUGAUAGCAUUGAAGAGAUGAUUUUAAAUCUUCAAAAAAAGAAAUUAGAAAUCGCAACAAGUUCGCUAACUGGUGCCAAGAAGAGUGAUGGAAGCAAACUUACAAUGGAUGAUCUGAAGAUGCUUUUUUAUGGUCAAACUGAAUAAAUUUCCUUUCUUCUUUUUACAAAAAUAUUUACAUAAACUUAAAAUUAUAUUUUAAUAAACUAAUUAGAAAACAUAUUUUUGUAUUUUAAUUAAACUUUUACAAUCCUUGCUCUUAUUACUUUACAAUGAAUAAAACAUUUUCGUCAACA